CUUUUAACCGCAUUUGAUUUAAAUGAUUGAAUAUAAACUGUUGGCGUAAUAAUAGAAACGUUGAAAAGGGGAAAAUUAGAGGAAGAAGUAGAACAGAGCAACAAGAGCUCAUAGUGCGGGAAAGCUAUGGCGGAAAUGGGCGGAGCUCAUCCUCAAACUCCAAUUCAUUCUAUGUCGUCGUCUCUCUGUCUCCUCCCCCUAGAAGGCAACCGUUCGUCGCAAAUCAAGCAGAAUCCGAAGAGAAAGCUGGAGGAUUACUUAGAUCCAAUUCUUCUACACACGAUCUCGUCCAGAAUCGGUCGAACGGAGACGAAGGGAAAGCAGAUAGAGAGGAAGGAUGUCUUCGUAGAUUCAAAUCAGAGAACGGAAUUCGAUUGGCCUCUUGACCGAUUCGAUCUGUUAGUCAACAAUCCGAAUCGUGAUUCCGGGAGUGAAUACGACGGAGCACGGUUCUUCGCUUCGACCAUCCCGCCGUUGAGCAAACGCCGCCGAAGCGAUUUCCCGGUGUGGACGGUGAACGAUAACAAACACGGCGCAUGAUAGCAAUUUUGUUGUCACGUUAACGUGCGCUGAAUUUCGCCAAAAGGAAUUUGAAACAAAAACUUUUGAAAAAACAAGGAUCCAAAACAAGACUUAAACUCAGAUAUUGUUUGAUGUUAAUCUAAGAUCAAUAUAGUAGUUUUGACUUACAACAUAAUCUAUACAUUUAUAACAAUGUCUAUGAGCAUCACCAAUGUAAAUAUAUACAAGAGAGCUUCAUCAAACGUUGGAGAAGACAAAAUACAACACAUCAAACAAGAAAACAAAACUCGCGUGGGCGCCAAGGCAAAAGGAGAAUGUCCAUGCUAAAGAGUGAAGCCUGUCAUAAAUUAAUGAAAUCCUCUUGACCCUCUAGAUUGGUAAAGCUCCAAUCUACUCUUUGCCUCUGGUAAAAUCUCAUCAAUCGUCGGUGCUUCCACCAAAUGAGCUUGCUUCGUCGACCACUCAAGCACUACAAGAACCUCUUCUUGAGCUAGAGUCUCACUGUCCGGUACAUUCAACGCUAUGUAACAGAGUAGUACCAAGGCCGGGACUUGAACCAUCUGUUCUCCAAAGUAUACCAAUUGAAUCAAAUGCUUUGCACCUCCUGCUGCUAUGAUCGCUUUAGAGUGGUUAUCGCGCAGGAAAUUCUCAGUGCAUGAGAAUUUUAUAAGCGCUACUGCGGUUUCCAUUGAUACCUCUGCUUCUCUUUCGUCAAGAAGCUUCACUAGUGGUCCGAUGAUUCUUGUCUCCGUUGCACGGAACGUUCUCGAAAGACUACCGAUUGAUUUGAUACACGGGAUUAGAAGAUCCGGUAUUUCGUUUUCGAUCACCUUUAACAGCUGUUCAACCACAGCUUUUGCAGCAGGAGAGGUUGGUUUGAAGGCAGAACGUCUCAGUUCCGGGUAUUGUUCAGCGACGUCUGUGAUUUCCAUCAUUGCUAAUGCAGAAUAUGACUUGACUUCGUCGUCUCCUUUCUCUAACAGAACCGCGAAACAGAGCAAUGCUCUUGACUCUGUUAUACUUCUGCAUAUUUGGAGAUUCCCUCUUGAGAGUUGCCACAAUGCUCUCGCAGCCAUCGCCUUCAUCUGAGCUUUAGUGGCUGGAUCCUCAAACUCUCUCCCUUUAAUGCUCGUCCCGAUCAACGAAACGUGUGUUGGAUUGUUCCCUCUCGGGUUUGAACCACCUUUGGUAUGAUAGUGGUGCUGUUGGUUGCUCUGUUUCGUCUGGUUCUUGUUAGUACCCGAACCAGGGACCGAACUUGAACCUGGACCCGAACCCUUCAUUGCCAACGUGUUUGUAAUCAAGCUGUGCAUCUGGCUCGGUGUCUGGUUACUCAUAGGAUGCGAGAUGUUGCUGUUUGUCUCGUCUUGAUCGUUCUUCUCUGUUGGGUUCGUGGUGUUGCUCGCCAUCACAACCGUGUGGAUCGAAGACAACGUCUGCUUGUUACUCACGAUAGCGUAUUUGCUAUGCUCCUGAACCGUCUCGAAAGCUAAAUGGCUCACGAGGAAGCGAAUGAUGUUGUUCUGAGCGAAGUGGUCUUGACAUUUGGGAUGGUUAGAGGCUAAUUCAGAGACGGCCCAAGCCACAACGGUCUGGACUUUCAUGUGGCCUUCUUUGAGAAUUUUCGCAAACACUUGGCAGACACCUGCGUUAACGAUCUGCUCAACACUCUCCGGGUCUCGACCCAAUAACCCAAUGGCUCGAGCCGCGUUCUCUUGUCCUUCCAUUUUCCCUUCCUUAGCGAGCUUCAACAAUGGAGGAACCCCACCUUCUUCGAUAAUCAGCCUCCCGUAUCGGUCGUUGUCACGCGCGAGCGACACCAGCGAAGCCGCCGCGUCGGAUCGAUCGUCGAGAGAGCCUGUGAACAGAAUCGCGACUUGUUCCCAAAUCAAACAGAGGAUCGGUUCGUUCGCGGCGAUCGGUGGUAGCCCUAGAUACUCGUCGUCACGGUCAUCGCCGGAAGCGGAGACACGGAGGAGCCAGGAGACGUCUCCGAUUGAAUUCUCUAACUGCAUUGUGAUCUUCCGAAACGCAGCGGCGGGGAUUAUGGUGAAGAGUCGUUUCAUCAGCCCCGUGGCGCGGCAUUUCUCGAUGAGCGCUAGGGCUUUGAAGAGGACUUGCUCUGUGUCGUCGAUGAUUCGGCGCGUGGGACGUUCGUAGAGAUCGUUGCUCGCACGCGCCGCUUGACGGAGGAGGCCGGCGAGCUUUUCCGUUUUGGCUUUCACCUCUAGACAUUCCUGACGGAAUGAGUAGGCUUCGUCCGCCGUUUUAGUUACCUGAUCCGCUAAUUGAAUGGGUCUCACUAGGAUCUGUUUCACGAUAUCCGCCAUGAGAAUAAAUCAAAGCAAUAACUAAACGUUAAUGUUGAUUAAUGGCGAUGGUGGUGUUGAUCGCCGGAGGCGACGGCGGAGAGAGAGAGAGGCAGAGAGAAAAUGAGAUAUUGGUGAAACGUUAAUUUCUCAGAACUUUACAAGGAAGAAGGAAAGUUCUAUAAUUAGAGACGCUUUUUCCCCAAAAAUGAAUGUGUGUUUUAUUUAUAUACAGAAACUGAAUCGG